AUGGCCGCUUCAGGUGUACUAGAAGAUUUCGCCCGACAUGUCUACUCCACCUUCAAGGGAGUAAUCAAUUUUCAACUCAAGAUCCCAUAUAGAAGAGACGAGAUAAGGGAUGGAAUCAUUACAUUAGCCGACUUGGUAGCUCCAAAAAUACACGUUGAGCUUGACAAGAUGGGCUACUAUUCGAUAACAAUUGAUGCGGCAUCACACGGAAGCCGGCAUGGCUUUUUUGUGAUGGCUAGCAAUCCAGCAAAAAUGAAGAACCAUAUCUUCAUUGAUACUAUGAUCGCUGAUGGUUGGAAUGCCAGGGAUUACAAUAAUUUCUUUGAAUGUUUUACCUUCCCAAAGGAUUUCCUUUCUGCAAUUGUUGCCGAUGGAUGCCCCGCCCAAGUUAAAGGGCUGUGCCACUGGAGGAGAUGCGGAGCACUAUAUCCGGGUCUUCAAACCGUUUAUAUCCGAUGUGUUGCGCAUCUCCUCAACUUAGUGGUGAAGCAUACGGCAGACAAUUGUGCAGCUUUCGCAAUGCAAAUUAAUUAUUGCAAAGCGAUAAGCAAGGAGUUAUCGAAGCCGGACACGAGAAGGGCAUUGAAUAUGAGGGUUAUUCAUGUUCCGGAUCAUCGCUGGAUGUUUUUCUGGGAUCUUCUGAAGUGGAUAAAAGAAAAACACCCUAAAAUUUAUGAAUUGUUCAAUAUGGAUGAUCCACCGGAAUCUGUUCAGAUCUUAAGGGAUAUGGGAAUUGAUUUCAAGGAUGGACUUCCACAAUGGUUGUUAAAUUUCGAAGAGAUUCUUUUACCAAUCAAGAAACUCUUGAAUUAUGCAGAGAGUGACGUUGGCUGCUUCUGCUACAUCUAUCCAAUGUUUCAAUCGACGAUUGAGCA